CUGACGUAGCCUACUGGCAACAGGUUGCUUUAGUAGUGGUGGUAGUAUUAGUACUAGCAGCAGAAAUUUGUCUAUGUCUAUAGUGAAACAUCAUAUUCUAGGCUACAACACCGCGAGUGAGCACACGCGUCUCUCGAUAAUCAAAAGGGUACUUGAGACGGAGAUUCUGAUAUCUCGCCUGGACCUUCCUCCAUUCUAGCAGUCUCCUCUAGCCCAACCAGGAAGUCAAAAUGGCUGCCCUCUCCACAGACGGGAAGCCUCCGCUGGACUACGGCGUCCAGAUCCGCUUCAUCAAGGACCUCCAUGACACUGGCGGGGGCUACCCCGAGAAGACCAGAAGGGGCAGCGGCUCCAAGCCCCCCUCCAACAAGUACGGGGUGGCCGUGCGGGUACAGGGCAUCUCCGGCCAGCCCUACGUGGUGCUGAAGGACGGGGAGAAGGGAGACUCGUAUGGGGUGCAGCUGAAGACCCAGCAGGCCCAGUCACAGAACCCCAACUCCUCGCCCUACAACAGCCUGCCCCAGAGGAAGGAAGGGGGGGACGUCCAGAACCCUUACGCCCCUACUGGACAGACACUCAGCUCUCCGGUCUCUCCAAAGUCCACACCAGAGGACGAGGGCAGGGAGGACUUUGGGAGUCCUUUCAAGAGACCUCCUGGGGACGGGCAGGCUGGGAGCCAGAGAGAGGGUGACGGUGGGACACGAAGUGAAGGACCGGUGGAGAAGGUAAGGGUAAAGGUCAAGGAAGAACCCGGGCCCACAGCAGCAGAAUCCUACAGAGUGGAUAUGAAGGAGAGAGAUUGGAUCAACGUGGAGGAAUUUAAUGAGGCGGGACUCAAACCUGUUAGUCCCAGAGGGGCCAGGCAGAAUGGGGUGGGGCUCGGUGGGUUGAUGGGCAGAAAUGGUCUUGAUUCGUCCUUCCCAGAACCCCCUCCUCCAGUGUCGUUCAAUGAGGAGCCUGUUCCUGCCAUCGACAAGACCUCUCUGGCGCCUAUCAACAAGUUGAUCAGUAAGUUCAACAUUGGCACUCCUACUGGACAGACUAGGGGGCGCUCCGGAACAAGGCUGCGGCUCAAGUUCGACGAACGCAGACGCUCCAGAAGUCUGGAUGCUUGCGAAGAAGUUCGUCCUAAGGUCUCCCCUCCUUCACCAACUCCCAACACGGCCUCCUCUCUCAUCUCCUCCACCACCUCCUCCUCCAUGUCAUCCACACCUCUGUACAGUAGCCUAGGAAUGAGCCCUGCCUCAGUUGCGAAGGUGACAGCCCUCCCUGGCCCCAAGCCAAGCUUCAUCAAGUCACCUGGGAAGUUAGUUGUCAAGGAUACCCCUCCUGCCAUCCCACCAAAGACGGGGAUGCCGGCCCCUCUAAGGGGUCAGAGUGUAGAGGUCAUCAGUGAAGAGGAACCACAAACCAAACAAGCUAUCUACACCAUCCUGAAAGAGGGGACCAGUGAGAGUGAUGUAUCCAUCAAACGUAAAGGCAACCUUGUCUACGAGACGACCAGUGGUGCUAAGGGUCCUCCUAAACCAGGGUCUCAUGGGAAUCUGAAGAAGGAGUUGGAGCAGCGUCUGAAUGAGAACCUCCAGCUUCAGGAACAACUGGACCGCAACAAAACCGAACUACAGCUGGCCCAAGAAGAGUUGACCCAGCUGCGAAUGGCCAGAGAGUGGGCAGAGUCUCGGGUGCGUCAACAGGAAGACCAGCUGGCUGAGCUUCAGGAGGAGCUGAGGGGAAUGCCAGAGAAGACGCCACAGACAGACUCGAUGUCACUGCAGACGGAUGUGAUGUCGUUGCAGGCGGACCUGGCGGAGGCGACAAUGUUGAGCCAGCGUCAGGAGGAGGUGCUGCGUCAGAGGGAGAGGGAGCUGACGGCCCUGAAGGGGGCGCUGAAGGAGGAGGUGGGGAGCCACGACCAGGAGAUGGAGGCCCUCAGGGAGCAGUACAGCCAGGACAUGGAGACCCUGAGGAGCACCAUGGAACAGGUGUCACAGUCCCAGCAGCAGAUUGAGGAGGAGAGGCAGAGGGUGAAUGAUUCCAUGCUCUGCCUGGAGCAUGACCUAGAGAGCUGCAGGGACCAGGGUGGCCAGUGGAGGGAGCAGCUGGAAACCACCACAGAGGAGCUUCAUAGCACCAAGCAUGAGAAUGGGCAGCAGAGCAACACUCCAACGCUUAUGAGAGCACGUUUGGAGAAGGAAGAGUUUGAGGGGGAGCUGAAGGAGCUUCAGGAUUCACUGAUGUCCAUGAAGAAGCAGAUGCCGGGCUUUGACGAGGCAGACUCUUAUGCAGAGGAUCUUCAGCGUUGUCUUGGCGAUAUCAAGCAGGCUCGCACAGAGCUCGACAGACAAAAGGUUGAGCUAAACAAGAAGGAGGAGGAGCUUCAAGCCCUAAGGAGGGCUAGCCAAGUGCGGGAGUCUGAACUGAGGUCAGAGAUUGACAGGCUGAAGGACCAAUCACGGCAGGAGAAAGAUGAGCUCGAGAUGGCACUUGAGAAGGCAAAGCAGUCGUCAGGUGGGUCCUCACCAUUGGAUCAGGGGAGUCUGGAGCUUCAGGAAGCCAACACAAGGCUAAGAGAGAGACUGACUCGCAUGACGAGGCUUCACUCCAGCGUGCCCCAGAGCUCGGAGGCUGAGCAGGCCCUGGAAGAUGAGAACCGCUCCCUGAGGUGCCAGCUGGAGGAAGCCAGGCGAGGAGCCUCCCGUCUGGGCAAGGACAGGGACGAGCUGGGCCAACGGCUGGAGGAGAGAGAUCUGGAGAGAGACGCGCUGCGCAGGGGCAAGAGUGACCUGGAGGAGCAGAAGAGACUGCUAGACCGGGCCCUGGAGAAGAUUAGCAAGGAGGUGUGUGUGAUGGAGGUGAUGCUGGGGGACUCCCGUCAGUCGGUGCAGGCCCUGCAGAGCCAGAUGGAUGAGUACAGGGAGCGCUCCAGGAGAGACCUACAGGAUGCCCAGCGGCAGGGCAAAGACCGACUGGCUGAACUGCAGAGGGCCCAGGCCAACCUGAAGACACUGCAGGAAGAGGUGUCUCGUUUGAAGAAAGAGCUGCUGGUGUGUGGUGAGGAGAGGGACAGCGCCCAGCUGGAGAGAGACCUGCUCAGCAGCCGCCUCAAACAUCUGGAGAGCGAACUGGACUCCGAGAGGAGCGCUCAGACGGACCGCAACAGAGAGCUCAGAGGCCUGGAGGACAAAGUGAAGACGAUGGAAAUUGAAUUGGAUGAGGAGAAGAGCAGCGUGGAGCUUCUCAAUGAUCGUGUUGCACGCAGUCGAGAACAGAUUGACCAGCUGCGUGGAGACCUGAUGAAGGAGCGCUCAACCGUACACGACCUAGAAAUGGACAAGAGUGUCCUGGAGAGACAGGUGAAGGAGUUGAGGUCCCGUGUGGCAGACAUGGAGACACAGUCUCGUCCCUCCGCUGGAAUCACUUUGUUAGAGGUCAAAAUACAGGAGCUGGAGGAGAGGCUACACAGUGAAGAGAGAGAGAAGCUGAGUAUCCAGGCCUCCCAGAGGAGAGUAGAGAGGAAGCUGAAGGACAUAAUCGUCACUCUGGACCAGGAGAGGAACCAGCACGCUGAGCAACGAGACCAGCUGUCCCUGCGUGUGAAGGCCCUGAAGCGUCAGCUGGACGAGAGCGAGGGCGAGGUGGAACGACUGGAGGGGGUCCGCAGGAAGUCUCUUAGGGACCUGGAGGAGCAGCAGGAGCUGCAGGAGGCACUGCAAGCCAAAGUCACAGCACUGGAGUCUGAGAAGCGGAAGGUGUAUCAGACGCGUCGACCCGUCCUGGGCUCCUCCAACCUCAGCUCCGAGGACGAGGACGGUUUUUACGACAACAACAUCACCUCCAUCCUCACUGAGGGACAAUUACAUACCACCAACUGCUAGGGAGAGAUAUUAUUUCAUAUAGUAAAUGAAUAGAUUGAGAUAUAGCUGGUUAGAGGGACGUACUCAGGACUCGACAUGAAGUAGCUAACAUGCCAAGCACUAUGAAAUUGACUUGCAGUUAUUUUUCUGGUUUUAUGAGAACUACAUUGCUGUGUCAAAGGAGGUUGGUUGCCAGUACAAUCAACUGUCAUCCUGGCACCAUCAUUUCUUAUUUUAUUUUGUCGGUUAAAAUAUGAAAUAUGAGAUCUUUUGUAGAUUGACUAAGCCAAGGGCCCAAAGAACUCUGUUCAAAUGUAGUGCACUGUAUAGGGAAUAGGGUGCCAUUUGGGAUACACUCAUACGCUUGGAAUCACAGGGUUUUGCUGUGCCUCAACUUGACUUUGAUGUUUUAUAAGAAUACUUGCUUGAGUGUUUUACAGCACCUUUACACUGAUGACUAUUGUGGUGGGAUAUUAACACAGCAGAAAUAGAGUUUCAAUGCAGUACAUAGUUGAAAUUCUUGGCAAGCAUUUUCACAUGCACAUACGUGUUCACACACACGCACUCUCCCUUCUGAUACAUGCUACUCUCAAACCAAAAGGUGGCAAACAUAUUAGUCACUUACGUUUAACGGUUGAGUUAUUUUCUGUACAAUAUUGUUGUAUUUACUUGGGCAUGUUAAGCUGUACUUUAUUGUACAGUGACUUCAAGUGGUAGAUGCAGGUGCUCACAUUCACCUUACUUUGGUUUUGGUAUUCUUUGUGGUUAUUUUUACUUUGGACUGUACUGUGACAAAGGGCUGUAUACUUUUCUGGGGCUUACACUUUCCUACUUUUCCUGCUGUAUACAUAAAAAAUGUAUGACAAUCAGCUAGCUACAUGGACAAUGGUUUGUAUCGUGGGUGAAUCCCACUUCAUCUGUUCUUUCUAUUACCUCCCACCAUUCUUAAUAGCCUUUCUCUAUCCUGUUCCUUAUUGUAUUUUUAAAGUAUUUAUCUUGCUGGUCUGUGCAAAUGUUUUCGCUCGAAUGCCUUAAUUAUUACUGUAAUUGUUGUGGUUAUUUAUUUCUACUGAUGCUGUAGUUGCUACUAUUGUCGUUUCCUUCAGAUGCAGCUGCAAAUUAUUUCAAGAGUAACUUGUCAGUGCUUGAAUCUGCUUUCCUAUCAACAGAGGAAUAAUAUGACAGGAAGUGCAAUGGUACAUUUCUUCUCAUUACGCCUGCCUGCCUUUUUAGUGAAUGUACAAUUAACUUCUCACUUAAGUACAUUUGCUGAGAUUUUAACUUUGAAUGUGGUCGUUUUCAGAUGUCUUUCUGGGGCAACUUUGCCCAGGUUAUGAUGUUUAUUGUAAUAUUUGAUAAGUGGUAGAAAUCUGCUCGAGGUUUACCAGCAUUUUGACACUUUGGUAUUUCAAAUAAAUGUUGGACCUUGUAUAAAUAUGAA